GUCCUCUGCCGUGGCCCCGCUUCAGUUUCUCCGUGAUUUGUGCUAGUGACUUGUGUCUUAUGACCCAGACCAAGGAGGGCUUAACAUGUCAGGCCAGGGUGCGGCCAGGGACACCGCGUGGGUGCGGGGCCUCUCAGCCCUCUACCCAGAUUCCAGGUGCACCCUCCUGGCACCUUUACACGCUCAUGCUGACGCACUUCCUCCCAGGUCCCAGGCACCUGCCAGAUAGCAACACCAUGAGCUUCGUGGCGUAUGAGGAGCUGAUCAAAGAGGGUGAUACGGCCAUCCUGUCACUGGGCCAUGGUGCGAUGGUAGCAGUGCGUGUGCAGCGUGGGGCACAGACCCAGACCCGGCAUGGUGUCCUGCGGCACUCAGUAGACCUCAUCGGCCGCCCCUUCGGCUCCAAGGUGACCUGUGGCCGAGGGGGCUGGGUGUACGUGCUGCACCCCACGCCUGAGCUCUGGACACUGAACCUGCCACACCGCACCCAGAUUCUCUACUCCACCGACAUUGCUCUGCUCACCAUGAUGCUGGAGCUUCGGCCUGGUUCUGUGGUCUGUGAAUCCGGCACUGGCAGCGGCUCCGUGUCCCACGCCAUCAUCCGCACCAUCGCGCCCACGGGCCACCUGCACACCGUGGAGUUCCACCAGCAGCGGGCGGAGAAGGCUCGGGAGGAGUUCCAGGAGCAUCGAGUGGGCUGCUGGGUGACAGUGCGCAACCAGGACGUGUGCCGCAGCGGCUUUGGUGUGAGCCACGUGGCAGAUGCUGUUUUCCUGGACAUCCCGUCUCCUUGGGAGGCUGUGGGCCAUGCCUGGGAUGCCCUCAAGGUUGAAGGUGGGCGCUUCUGCUCCUUCUCGCCGUGCAUCGAGCAAGUGCAGCGCACCUGCCAGGCGCUGGCGGCGCACGGCUUCUCGGAACUGAGCACCGUGGAGGUGCUCCCCCGGCUCUACAGCGUGCGCACCGUCAGCCUGCCUGCGCCCGACCUGGGGGCCGGCCCGGGGCCCGGCGCCCGCCCCUUCCGCAGCGGCACGCCCACGAAGGAGGCCGUGGGCCACACGGGCUACCUGACCUUCGCCACCAAGACCCCGGGCUAGUGGGCCUCCCGCAGGGAGCCGCAGGCAGCCGAGAGCCCGCGGAGGGGGCAGGGUGCAGCUCAGCACAGGCCACCUUAUAUGGUCAGCGCACGCCUGCUGGGGCCUGUGUUUAGACAGAACAUGCGGCGGGCGGGGCGGGGCGGGGCGGGGCUUGGGGCCUCUCGGGGCGGCCGGUCCUCUCCGGGUGGGAACGUCUCCCACCCCUCGCCCCCUGUCCUGCUGCUGUCUGUUGCCACAGUCUCUGCUGUCACCGGCUCUUCUGGCUGUUGAGGCCAAGGGGUGUAGGUGGUGGGGCCCUGACCCCUUCCCAGGUAGCCCCAAACCGGCAGGGGGUGAGGGAGCCAGGAGGAGGAGGAGGAGGACCGCUGGGUCUGUGGGCGAGCCCCUCUUCCCCCGGGAGCUGGCGGUGCUGGGCUGGGGGAGGGAGAGGUGGGCUUGCUGGGUGGCCUGAGGCCUGAGCAACCCCCCCCCCCCCCCCCCCCCCCGAGGACCUUACAGGCCAAGUGGGAGUGCCCUGUACCCCCUCCCAUGGGGGGGAUGGGGCCCGGGCAGCCUUGCCCGUCUGCCGCGCUUCUCCCGCCACUGGAAGUGCCUUCCGUGGCCCUGGUCCAGCCAGAGCCCCGGCGCGUCAGUGAGAACAGAGCGCCACUUAGCCAGGAGCCUGAGGGGGACAGUAAAGUGCCUCAGGUGACCCGGCCCAGCCCUCCCAGAGCUGUUGGAACCCCGGCUGUCCAGCCCCGGGGCUGCUUGGGUGCCCCUGCCCCUCACAGGACUGCUGGGGGCACGGGGGUGCUUCCACGACGGAGGGCCGUACUCCGUGUCACCUGCCUGGCCCUGGUCUCCAGCUCUGGGCCGGGUGCCUGGCAUCUCUGCCAGCCUUGGUUGCGUGAAGGGCCUGAGCGUCUGCCCUUGGCCUCACCUGUCCUCAAGAGCUUCCGUUUUCCAUGCUAGGACAAGAGCCCCAGGGAAGUGUGCCACUGGGGGCUGGCUCCCAACCGUGCCUGGCAGAGCAAUAAACACUCUUGCCGCCUC